AUGAACACUACAAUGGACCAGGAGGAUGAAGAUGAUUAUGUGGCAGCUGAUGUGAGAUGGAUUGAUGAUGGAAGGCUCUAUAUGUCCAACAUUGGGGAGACUAGUGAAGAUGCUAUGAUUACAAUAGCCAAUGAAAGAAUUAGGCAAUAUGCACCUUGUAUUGAAGCCAAUUCUGAUCAGAAUAAUGAAGUGGAAUUGGAGGAAACUUUGAAAAUUGGUGUAGCUUUAAGGGUGGUUGACAAAACUACUAACCUAGAAUUUUCGAUCACCAAACAAAUUGUGAUGGAGGACAAGGAGCAGAAAGAAGCUUUCUGA